AACUUCUUUAGCAGUUAAUGCUUUGCCGCUCCCUCGUGUUUGAAAAUCUUCAGUCUGAAAAGUCACCUGCCAGACUAUUUAUGGUAACCUGAAAUAAUGGAAAGGUGCAUUAGCAUAGAAGAAUUGCGAGUGUAACGAAGUAAGUGUGCCUUUACAAGUGGUCACUGCUGAACACUGGUAAAGAUAUGAGGUGCUGCAAUCAGCACCUGAGGCGGACCGAGCCGGCACCCGGGGGCAGCUGCAGCGAGCUGGUAACACCUGCACCGCGCUCGCGCCGCCACGGCUGGUCCGCGCGACCCACCACCCAGCAGCUGGUUUCCUACUUCACCUACAUUUACUUGGUUGUUGUCGGAUUUGGGAUCUACAUCCCACUGCUGCCCUCCCCAUGGGACUCGUUGGCCUAUGGUCAUCUUGGAUUUUUCUUUAUUCUUCACCUGGUUACCCACAUUGCAGCUGUGUUGAUAGACCCAGCAGAACCCAUUGUGCGUGCUAGAAACUACGCCUCUACCUUGCCGACCUUUGACAAAAGCCAACAUGCACAUGUCAUCCUUGACCUACACUGUAAAAUCUGUGAUAUUGACGUGGGACCUCGAGCUAAACACUGCAAGGCUUGCAACAAAUGUGUUACAGACUUUGACCACCACUGCAAAUAUAUGAAUAAUUGUGUGGGGAGGAGGAACUAUUGGUUUUUCUUUGUGGCCGUUGUGACUGCUGCUAUUGGAAUGUUUCUGCUGCUCCUCAUUGUUUUGUUCAUCAUCAUUGAGCACUUUUUGAACCCGGCCAUACUCCGCACCGCCCCUCAGUUUCAAGGUCUGAAUAACUCGACAUGGUUGGUGUUCCUCCCACUGGCUCCUGUGCACACCAGCUCUCCUGGACUCUUGGUAGUGAGCUGCUUCACCUUUUUACUGACGCUGGUUUUCUUGGUGGUUGUGACUCACCUGCUGGGAUUUCAUAUAUUUCUCUUGUCAAAGAAGCUUACCACAUAUGAGUACAUCAUGAAAAAGCGGCAAGAAGAGAAGGAUCGUGAUUUGGAAUUGGGACAGAAGCAAUCCCGACCCACAAGUGCGGAAUCAGCAAAGACACAGCCUUCUGUGGAUGUAUCUGUGGACUGUGAAUCACCUUUGCCCAGUCAAGCCAGUCAAAGCAGUAUGGAGUACCAGGAUGAAAGGAGGGAACUUGCCCAGCGUAUCUCUAUGGCGAUGUGUGCAGAGCUGAAGCGUCUUGGUUCGAUGACAGGAGCUCAAUGGCACGAAUGGUACAGAAACACCAGCCCAUCCAAAGACAUGACGCCAGGGGAGGAUUUGUCGAUUUGUGACACUGGUUUGAAGGCCCUCGGUGAGUCCCUCAGCAUGACUGGACUACAGCAGGUGGUGGUGGAUGGAGAGCAGAGCAGUGAGAAGUCUGCGGAAGCGGCUCUUAUUACCCAGCAGCCCCUGGGCAGCUCUGUCUUGGCAUUGGAGCAGCAGCUGAGCAUGGACACAAGGUCCGAGUCGGCCCUCUCCCAGCAGUGAGCGACUGGAAACCCUCUCGACCUGACCCCUAAUGGUUAUCUGACAAUGGACACGACUAACGACGACGAAUUUGGAUGACGAUUAUGGAAUAUGGCUAACGAAAAGAUAUUGGAAGAUAUUUUUUUACCUGGUUUUCUGACAAUGGAUAU